AAAAUUGAAAAGCACACAGCUUCUCUUUUUUGCUUAUGCAUUCUUGUUCUUGAACAAAAACAAGUUGUUAAUUCCGAUCUUGUGUUGAGUUAUCAUCAUGAUGGCUGCCUCGGUUGAUCCUUUGGUUGUUGGUCGUGUGAUCGGAGAUGUUGUUGACAUGUUCAUUCCAUCUGUUGGCAUGUCUGUUUAUUUUGGUCCUAAACAUGUCACUAAUGGAUGUGACAUUAAGCCAUCCAUUGCUAUCAACCCACCCAGAGUCACUCUCACUGGAAACAUCGAUAACCUCUACACUCUGGUUAUGACUGAUCCUGAUGCACCAAGCCCCAGUGAACCAAGCAUGCGCGAGUUGAUACAUUGGAUCGUGGUUGACAUCCCUGGAGGAACAAACCCAAAGCGAGGGAAGGAGAUUCUGCCAUACAUAGGGCCAAAACCACCUGUGGGGAUUCAUCGAUUUAUUUUGGUUCUGUUUAAGCAGAAGGGACCAAUGGGACUGGUGGAACAACCAACAAGUCGAGUGAGUUUCAACACUCGUUAUUUUGCAAGUCAAUUGGACCUUGGCCUUCCAGUAGCUACGGUCUACUUCAACUCUCAGAAGGAACCUCAGGCUAAGAGGCGUUGAAUUAACAAUCUUAAUGCUAGCUACAUCAAACACUAGCAACCAUAUAUAUAUAAUAUAUAUAUGAAUAAUGGGGAGGGUGUGUAUAUAGUUAUAUAUAUAGCAGCCUUUAUAUGUUAUUUGAUCGGUUUCAGUCCUAAGAAUAAUGAAUAAUAUGUAUUUGUCUUAGUCCUAAGAAUAAUAUGUAUUUGUCUUGUAUGGUUUGUAUGCAUGGCUCUUAUAACUUCUCUUUUUUCUAUAUAUAUGCCUCUCCUUUGAAAA